AGAUUAUUUAUUUUAAUGGCUUCAUAUUUAAUUCAAAGAUACUCGUAAUUACUGAAUCUAAUGAUUGCCUACAGUAUUCUGCACAUACUUCACCACCACAAACAAGUUUACAUGUAGUUUAAAGCUUGGUUCAGCUUCUCAGUUAUAAUCUAAAAUCGUAUGUAUGCCUGUGUGAAUGUAUCUGUUAACGACGCAGCUUGACACAUACUCCCCCUGCUGUUAGAAGGAGCAGGUGGCUGGUUUGAGUCGAGCGUGAAAUAUGUACCUUACACAAGCUUGAAAUAUGGUUGACAAAGUCCAGCCCCUUUACAGACAUUACAAAGCUGAUUUUCCUUCUUUGGACAGCAAUAAGAGUCAGGAAGGUGGAGGAAUAAGUCAAUGCCAAGUGCUUACAAAAAUGCACAGUAGUAUCCGCUGUAAUCAGAUAUAUGUUGUCAGACAUUACAAAAUAUGUACUGUAAACAGAGUUUGUUUAUUACUGAUUAUGAAACAGUCAUACUUUAGGUGCGUGUCAGCCAUAUCAUUCUAUGUUUACAAUAAUUUUGUUAAGAGUGUUAUAGUAUGAAAAAUACUGUAACAUCGUAUACCGCCAAAAUAAUGUUAGGGUCCCUAGGCUUCAUUAUAAAUGUUUCUAUACAUUAGGACUGACAAGUUUGUUUAUUGUUUGUUUUCCCCAAAGGUAUUUAGAUGUUGAGGCAUAUUGACCAUGUAGUAUUUAUAAAGGAGUUUGUGGCUGUGUGUCUACAAAAGGCCACUAACCUAAUGCAGAAAUUAGGUUUAUUUUGUAGAAGGGCAAAGAAGGGAUUUAAAAUUAAUAGCUCAGUAAGAGGCAUAUCUCAAUGUGCUAUCUGGGAAAUAUAUUGAAUCGAUUCAUUUAUGCAGAUCCAUUUAUUAAACAGGUGACCUUCAGGGGUUUAUACAUUCUGUCUCCUGUUUUACUUACUGUUAGGUUGUCUGGGGGUUUGAUAGAAAAUGUCUCACUAAGAUAUGAUUAAAGUUUUGUCCCACACAAUCACUGGGGACAGAUAUCCAAGGGCUUUCUUGAGUGAGAUACCAUAUCAGGCAUAGUUAUAUCUGGCACUCAGCGGUAACAAAACCUAUUCCAGGUUUACUAAUGUUUUACUGAUUUUGAAAAUGAGAUUUUUUUAUCAGGCGGAAUAUCCACCUCUCUUUUCUAUAAUGUGGUGGUUCUGUGUAUAUCACCUCCCCUACUUAAUCCUGUUUAUUCUGCUACACAGAAUCCUGAUAGAUUAUCCUAUAUACAUUCUACUGUAGCCACACUCACUUUAAAGGAGUGAAAAUCAAGGCUUUAAUAUCCAUUUUCUUAGCUUGUAAUGUUGAUUUUUCAAAUGCAUCCCUGCUAGUGAUUGCAGGUUAACCAAUGGGGUAAAUUUGACCUACAGUACAGGAAGAGAAUGGGUACCAGGAAGAAACGCAAGUCAAAGAAACAAAGAAGUUAGAGAUCUUCAGCAUAAUGUUGCUACGAAUGCAAGGAAGAAAGGCCAUGGUAUUUUAAGUCUUGGUUACACUAAACUCACACCCUAAGUGGAUGCGAUUUUGUAAGAUGGCCCUACCCCUUGUGUGCAUCACCAAAUUACUUCAUAAAUCCACGUUACUAUAUGUCAUACCUGGACAGCAUUACUACCAAAGGCAAAGCUAUGUUUUGAAGGUUCACAGAUAAGUGUGGCUGCUUCUCAAGAUUGCUUUCCAUGGAGCAAAAACAUUUGAGAAGUUUCUGGCAAAUGAAUGAAAAUGAGAACAUGACAUCUGCCUCCUCUGUCUUCUGGGUGCAAGCGUUUUUGUUCAGCCAUCUGAUUUAAUCAUGACUCUUGUAACAUUAGGUGCUGUAGUCCAACAUUAGUGCUAAUUGGGGUCUGUGAAACCGCAGGCAUAUCUUGUUUGGGAACGUUGAGGAGCGUACCACGGCUUUUUAAAAAAAAAACACAUUAUCCUAACAACUUUAUUCAUUUUACCUUCAACCAAUCCCUACUGCCUGACGGCAAUAUCCCAUACUUGAUGGUUAUUUUCGACUUGAAAGGAAACUUAAAUCAACACAGCUGACGAACAGUAACACCAACAGCACAGGAACAUAUUUUCUCGUUUUCCAUUACCAUUUAAUGAUAUACAAACAACAUUCGAAAUCUGACAAGUAUUCAACACAGUCGAAAGAGGAGCUGUUGAAUUUAAGUAUACAGUAGCUAAAUUACAGGAGUACCAUUUCGACAUUAUGAAGCGGGACUAAAUCUGUGAAUUUAAAACUCCACCACAGACAAACGUGUUUUCAUGUUAUUCCUUCCAAGGCCAGUGUUGUGUAUAAAGACAUUCUGUUGUAAAAAUAUUUUUGCGACAGAGGUUUGCGUUACCCAACUACGUUCCCUUGGCAAUGCCCUAGUAACCACUUAGAGAGUACACAUAAAAAACAUGUUAAAAAUGGCUUCCGGGUGUCUUCUUACAUAAAUUAUUAAUAGGCUUUUCUAAAAUAUAUUUUUUUAUUUGUUAAUGCUAACGCAUAUCACAGUGUCCGUUCUUUCUGGCGUCUGGCUCAUUUGAACAGUUUGAUAUGAGUUGCUAAGGAGGUUUAAAUAAACAUAUAAAAUAUAAUCGCAACAGAUGAGGUUUUCUCUGAAUUUGGGAAAUAAAUUAAAAUGCAGUAAAAAAAAAAAAAUCAGACUUCUUAUACAAAAUAUUGAAUAUUCAGCAAUGGAUUCGAAGAAAGCCCGAGGUCAAGAAACUGAAAAUUAUACAAAAAUUACAAAUGUGUUACUCAAGUCGAAAACUGGGGAAUUUGACUUGGAAUCAAUUUUGUUCCUAAAGCUGAGAGGUCUUGGCAUCUAUGAUCUUGGGUGUAUUGGAGACUGCAUAAACCUGGAAAGAUUGGACCUUUCAGGAAACAACAUUACAAGCUUAGCACCUCUGGCUUCCCUAAGACUCCUUCAAGUGCUCAAUGUUUCUGGAAACAGAAUCACCAAUUUAGAGGCCAUUAGCCACUGUCACCAUCUGCAGAGCCUCAAUGUGGCUGGCAACCUUAUUAGCAGUAUUGAAAACCUACAGUGUCUUCUGGGUUUAAGAAAGCUGGAGAAUAUUAGACUCAAGGACUGUCUCUACAACUUCAGCAAUCCAGUGUGCAAGAACGUAUCCUGUAGAAACAUAAUACUAGAAAUGUUUCCAAAUAUCAAGGUGGUGGAUGGGGAAAGGGUGGCUGGCAGAGGCAGUGAUUUAUAUCAGUUAUACAGGGACAUCGAUGACUCACUGAAAGGUCUUUAUAAAAACAGCUCUGUGGCAGAGAUACCAGACUGCAAGCCUUGGGUCGAAGAGGGUUAUUGGGAUCUGAAGCGUUCGAACAAUGCAAUCAUUGACGAAGCCUACAAACAAUUUAAUGAUGUUCUGCACGAAUGCAAACUGCUCAACAACAGGGCCUCCCAUGUAAUUACUCAAACAGAAAGAGCUUUGAGCAACAAGAACCCAACAAAGCACUAUGUGCUGUAAAACAUCUGUGUAACUACAUUGUGGUACACAACCAUUACUCCUCAAAAUGCAUGCUUUACCAUCAUAUCAUUAUGUAGACCUUCCUUUUGAUGGGCACACAGCCUCAGUGUCCAUACUUGGAUGCACACUUCUUGGCAAAGAGUAGUCUACAUUGUUAAACUACAGAUCUACACAUGGCAAUGAAAUCCCAAGCAAUUAAAUACCUGGGACCAUUUAAUUAUGUGACAUUCAAACUGAAAACAUAGCAAGGUAUGCUUGGGUGUUUUUAUGAUUUAAAAGUUUAACAUUAUUUAUCAGAAUUUUUUUUGGUACAUGCACAUCUCUUCAAAGAAACGUACCUGCGCAUUUUUACUAUAUUUUAUGCUAAAUAAAAUGUUAUUAUUCCUACCAUUGUAUUGCAUAUUGUUACUGACAAGAUACAUAUUUUAUGGUCAACCAGGGCACUAUGUUUAACACAUGACUGAAAAGAUUAACUAUUAAAAUAAAAAUAAAGCUUUCUCGUAUGCUGUUAGUUUAAACAUAAUUGUCUGCAUUCAUUUUAUGGUUGAAAUCAAUCUGCUACUUGUGAUGACUAAUGAUCUGAACAUUUUAAAAGACACACCUGUCUACCUCAUUAGUAUGGUAUGUGUCCAUGUCAGAUAUAACGUUGCCAAGGACCCAUCUCAUUUAUUAAGUAGUUUGGGGCAUUUCUGUGCGGUGUUUCUAGUAUUUCUAAAUCAUUAAUGAUUUUUCAAUGUGGGCUUGAUCUGUUCUGUAAAACAAAAGUUUAUGUAUGAAAAGUAAUGAAUACUGCAUUAAUAAAUGGAACCGCAUUUGAAACUGAAA